CAAAGUCUCUCUACGCAUCAUGAAGAUCGCCGCUGUUGUUGCCAUGGCUGCGCUCGGCGUUGCCGCUGUCUCGGCCGAGUCGCAGGCCCGCAACGGUCUCUUCAAGUUCGACACUGACGUCGACGGCGACGUCGAGAACACUGAGAUCAUCGAUGAUGGUUACAGCGGCUUCGAAGUGGGCACCGAGUCGUACGAGAUGUACCCGACGCCAGAACCGUCGACGCCGACGCCGGCACCGACGACCCCUAAGCCGUGCACGACCACACCUGCGCCCACAACGCCCAAGCCGUGCACCACAACGCCUGCGCCGACAACGCCCAAGCCGUGCACAACGACGCCUGCGCCGACGACGACUAGCGCCCCGACUACCGCUCCUUACCCCGUCGCCGACGACGACUGGCGCUCCGACUACCGCGCCGUGCACAAAGACCCCGGCUCCCACAACGACUGGCGCUCCGACCACGGCUCCCGGUUCGCAGACCCCGUCGCCGACGACGACUGGCGCCCCGACUACGUCUCCUUGCACCAAGACCCCGUCGCCGACGACGACUAG